AUGAAGAGAAAUCAAAAAAUUCUUCAGGCAGCAUUAAACAAAUGUACUCUAUACGUGAAUAGUGCAUCGCGAUCUACUGAUAAUAGAAACUGCACUAUUGUUAUCCCGAAUGAUAAUGAAAGUUUUCGUGAAAAUACAGCUGACAAUCUGAUCGACGAGAACAUAGAUUAUUCCUCAGGAGACUCAGUAGCUGAUCCAAAUUAUUAUAAACCUUCUUCGUCUGAUGAACAAAAUUCUAGCGAUGAACUAAUUCCAAGACUAAACACUAAUAAAAGGAAACGUAAAAAAACUUAUCAUGUGUUAACUCCAGUCACUACAAAUUAUGAGCCAGACGAAGUAGAACAAGUACCAGAAAAUAUUGAUAUGGAAACAACUAACGCCAGUAAUGACACUGAAGAGAAGACAAAGGUAAAACGAAAAAAAAUAGCUGUACCAGAAGAAUGGUCUCGAAAUAAAUUAAAGCUAAACAUACGAUGUGGAAAAGAACACAAAUCUAUGAGCAGCAACAAGGUCAUACUCGCAAAAAGACCCCUUUUAAAAGAUUGUUCAAAAUGCCCAAGAAAAUGUAACACAAACUUUGAUGAAGAAGAACAAAAUGUGCUAAAUAAAGAGUACUGGAAAUUGGGUAACAUUGAUCUACAAAGACAAUAUCUUAGUGGCCUAAUCGAUGAAACAGAAAAAUCUUCUACAAGAACUGCAAUUUACGAUGGCGUUUUGACCAGAUGA